CUUAUCUGACACGCCUUGGAGCACUACUAGCUUGAGACAUCUCAGAAUUGAGCCCAGGCUUUGUUCGUUCUUCCCCGACGAGCAGUGCUCUGCACUCCCGUUAUUCCUCCAUCUGACUCGUCUUCGGUUCCCCUAACAUUACUCUCUGUAGAAAUAACCGAUACGAGUUGCGCCUAGCCUAACUGAUUCCCGGCUCGCGACAUUGCUUGGGCGUUUGCCACCUUUGCCGUCUUUGCCACCUUUGUCACCCCAUGGUCCUGUCGCCUUUGCCUAGUCGUCCUCCAACCUGCCCAUUCAUUGGUUCGUAGUAGCGUUAUUUUCUCGGCAUCGUAAGGUCCGAACCCUUUUCAGAACGUGACCAGCCCUUAGUCUAGGUCGUCCGCUUUCUCCUCACUUUUUUUUCCUACGGAACAGGGGCGUCGAAUCCGACGGGACGUGACCGCUUUUUCCUUACAGAACAGAGGCAUCGAAUCUGUACAACAUGGCCACCCGUCGCGGGCGCUCUGCUACUGCCGAUGAAAGCUCGACUCCGACGAAAAGCAGCGUGGAUCAGGUGGAAGAGGUUGCGGCGACUCCCGAAACGGAGGCCAUUUUGAUCAAGAUCGUGAGCGACAAAGGCGAGGAGGUUCAGUACAAGGUCAAGAAGGGCGCCAAGAUGCAGAAGGUGUUUGACACGUACGAAAAGAAGGUCGGCGCGCCUCCCGGGUCUCUCAGGUUUACCUUCCACGGCGAGCGCGCUCAAGGGAAGGACACGGUGGAAGUGAUUGGACUGAAGCAGAACUCGGUCCUGGAAGCACAUCAGUUCCAACUCGCUGGCUGAUUGAGAAGCCGUGAAUGGCUCAAGCUGAUGCUCUGCAGGGGUUUUCUCAUCUUCUGGUAUGCUUUUCUGAUGUAUGCUUCUGAUCGUGCCUAGGGUGGAGUUUGUAGCUAGGGUUAGCUAUUUUCCUCAUUUCCUCCAAAAUCUGCUAAUUCUGCCUGAUGUGACGCUAUGUGUGUUUUGGGCUCGCAAUGCUGACAGCCAUGUAAUGGCGAUACUGAUUCUCACUAUUACGGUAGUACCAUGUAGGAAAUUGUUAGUGACAUGAAACGUACUAAAGUAACUUAGAAGCCUAAUUUGAA